UUAGUGUAAAUCUGGAUAAACUUAUAAAUGUACAUCACUAGAAUUAAAAUGUUUACCUGGAUUUUACCUGGAUGUAUCUGAGUUGAUGAAACUAAUUAACUUAAAGUUGUUUUGGUCUAUUAUAUGCAAUAGUCUGUGAUUUCCAAUAAUUCAAUCGACAUGUUUUAAAGGUUGACGGUUAUGUUUUACCGCAAAGAAUUUCACAAUAGUUUGAUGUUGUGUUCCAUAAGAAGAAUUUGCAUGAAAAGGAAAACAUAUAUUUGCAGACAUCAUUUACAGUGCUUUUAGGAUUAAUGACGUUUUAGAGAGAGACCCUGUCAACGUACAUUUCGACGUAUCUUAGUUUUAUAUUAGAAUUACUUUGGAGUAUUACUUGUGCAAGCCAGGAAUAUUUAUUACUGUGAAUUUUUCGAAUAAACAGAUUUCAUUAAACUCUGUGGAUUAUAUGUGACGUUUGAAGUAUUAAAAAAAAGAGAAACAAAGAAAAAGUUAAACAUGGAUUAAAUAAUAUAAAGUGAAGAAAAUUUCCAAACGAACAACGACAAUGAAAUAUUACAGUGCUAUAUUACAGGACCUGUCUAUUACAGUGUUUAUAUUCCUGUGCUCACUGCUACAACUAGUUGUGACCAAUGAUGCUCCAAAACAGUUAGAAUUCUCAGCUACGAACACGAUUAUCAUUCCUGAAAACACUGCUUUAAAUUCCACUAUAGGUACCAUUAAAGCCAGAGAUUUAGAUGGACCUAUGCCUAUAAUAUUUUCUAUACAAGAUGAGAAAACAAGACAGCUAGUACGAUUAGGAACAACCACGGGUGACAGCACUCUAACAAGAAAAGUUGAUAUCAUAUUAAUAGCACCGCUGGACAGAGAUAGGGACCCUUCAGACAGAAAGCUAUAUUUUAUCAUGGCAGAUGGAGAUGAUACUAUAGAACAUAAUCAGCUAAUUAUUACCAUAUCACUAUAUAUUACUGACGUCAAUGACGAACAUCCAGAAUUUCAUACCAGACGAUAUAAAGAAUCAGUUUUAGAGAAUGCUGCUAUAGGGACAACAGUAGGUCGAGUUUCAGCUAUAGAUGAAGAUAACGGACUGGGAGGAAAAGUCACUUAUUCAAUGCAGCCAGCAGCACAAACAGCAGACGACACCUAUAAAAAUGCAUUCCGAAUCGACCCAAACACAGGUGAUGUCAUCAUCAACAAUCUACUAGAUUAUGAACGACACAACUUUUAUGAAUUUGUGAUCAGUGCUCAGGACGGAAUGGGACUUAAGAGUACAGCUGAUGCAGAUUUUGUUGUCACAGUAACAGAUAUACAGGAUACACCUCCUGCUUUCUUUAAUUUACCAUACAGUGUAUCAGUAAAAGAAAAUAUUUCUCUGGGUGAAAAAGUUUUACAAGUGACUGCUUUAGAUGGAGAUAGAGGAGUUCCUAAUAACAUAACAUAUACAUUUACACAGGGUGAUUUUGCAAACUUUUCCUUGAAUGCAAAUAGUGGUUGGAUUACAAUUAAAAGUGCUUUGGACAGAGAUGAUGAUGCUGUCACACAGAAGGGAGGGGUAUAUGCUAUGUAUGUUCAGGCAUCAGAAGUUGUGAAGCAAGGAUCAGCUAAUCACGGUCCAACAACUACAUCAACACUUGUCACUAUAACUGUGGAAGAUGUCAACGAUAACAAACCUGAAUUCAAUGCUAACACUUACACAGCUAAGAUCCUGGAGAACAUGCAGGAUGGGGUACCAGUUACCUUGACUGGUGUAACAACUACUAUGUCUGUUAGUGACAAAGAUCAGGGACAGAACAGUAUAUUUAGUUUAAGUUUUGAGAAGAAUGGACAGCCUUAUUAUGAUUUUUCACCACAGCCCAGCACAGUAUACUCUCUAUCACCUAUUUUAAUUAGAGUCAAUAAUUCCAAAAAUCUGGACUAUGAGAAGAUGAAUUCAACAACAUUUCAGGUGAUAGCCAGAGAAAUACACACUGUUGAGAAAAAAUCUAGUGUGGCUACUGUUACUGUGAACAUUGUAGAUGUAAAUGAUAUUCCUCCUCAGUUCCAAUCUGAGAUAUUCAGUGCUACUAUAUCUGAAAACUCUGCAGCAAAUACACCUGUCAUUAUUGUUAAUGCAACAGAUGAAGACUCAGGUAUAUUUGGACAGUUGACUUAUUCACUGAGGGGAGGAAAUGGAAAAUUCAUUAUAAAUGACAAGACUGGCGAGGUUUCUGUAGCAGGAGAGUUAGAUAGAGAGAAGGUUGAUGAAUACUAUCUUACUGUAGAGGCCAAAGAUGGUGGAGGAUUCCGUUCUACCACAGAGUUACGAAUCAACGUCACUGAUGAGAAUGAUAACUCACCAGAAUUCAGAAGAGAGGAGUAUUUCAGUACAAUUAAGGAGAAAGCCAGUGAUUUCCAAAGAGGAAAACUUAUUGUGGAGGCCUUUGAUAUAGAUGAACCAAACACACCUAACAGCUUAAUAAAGUAUGAGAUUAACAAAACGCCACCUGGACUAGAAAACAACUUUGCCAUAGAUAUACUGUCAGGGGAGAUAACUCUCAAAUCACCUCUAGAUUAUGAAGCACUGGAUCCAAAACUCAAUGGAAAGGUUGUGUUAAUUGUAGAGGCCAUGGAUUGGGGAAAUCCUAGGAGGUCUAAGGUCAUCAAUGUUACCAUAGAAGUAGAGGAUGUAAAUGAUAAUGCUCCCAUAUUUAACAAGCCAAGUUAUACAGCCAAUGUUUUAGAGAAUGCCACUGAUACAACGGUUGUUACACAGAUCAAGGCCACUGAUGCUGACGGCACAUUCCCAAACAACGAAUUUGUGUACAGAAUAGAUAGUGGAUCACAAGAUCAGUUCAGGAUUAACUUUAAAACGGGAGAAAUAAGUGUAGAAACUGGCGCUAAGUUAGACCGGGAAACUAAGAGUUUAUAUAUUUUGAAUGUCUCAGCAACAGAUAGAGGGUCUACAACACUAGUUGGGUAUUGUCAAGUAAAGAUUUAUGUAGAUGAUGUCAAUGAUGAAAGUCCAAUAUUCACUUCAUCGAGGACUGUGCAUGUAAGUGAGAACACUCCUAAAACAUCUGAGGUGGUGACAACCUUCACUGCUACAGAUCCGGAUUCUGAUGCUGAUCUUCAUUAUAGUUUGAUAGAGAAUAGAACUACAGCAUUUGAUGAGAAUGGAUUUGAAGUUGAUGUAGGAAAAUAUAACAUUCAGGACUACUUUUUUGUUGAAGAAAACAGUGGAAUAAUAAAAAUAAACAAGGACAAUAUAGACAGAGAAACAGCAGAGAAAAUAGUUCUACAAGUAUUAGUUGAGGACAAAAAUGGUGUCAUGCAUAAUCCACAAACAGCUACAGGUACCCUUACAAUAAUUCUUGAUGACAAAAAUGACAAUCCACCAACAUUUACACCAAGCAGUGACUACCACGUCAACAUAUCUGAAGGACGAGACAUCUUGGACGUUGUAACUACAAUAUCAGCCAUAGAUGUGGAUAAGAACCAACAAAUCAUGUUCUCUGUAGCUUCAUCUGAUUCUACAACAUUUCAAAUAGAUUCUAAUACUGGAACAGUUAGACUUGUGAAGAAACUAGAUAGGGAACAGAAUGCUGAGGUCAAUUUCAAGGUCAUUGCUACCGACAAUGGUGUACCUGUACUGUCGUCCACGGCAACAGUAACUGUGACAGUUCUAGAUGUUAACGAUGAAUCCCCUAUAUUUAAUGCAUACCAGAGUAUCUAUAGUAUAUCAGAGUCAGCUGCUAAUGGUACUAGAAUAGCAGUGAUUGACGCUACAGACAAAGACAUUGGAGAGUUUGGAAGUCUUCAGUACUCUUUACAAAUUAACAAUGAUGAUGGCUGCUUGGUCAUUAAUGAGUUCACUGGGGAAAUUACUGUGGAUUGUAACUUAGAUUAUGAGACCAGAAAAGAAUACAGUAUAUACGUAGUUGCCAGGGACAACAUGAAUGAUCCAACCAAUCAGAAAUCAACACAGACAGGACAGAUUAUGAUCCGUUUGUUGGAUGUAAACGACAACGCCCCUGACCUCAAGGGUAUAACAAGUGACCAGAUACCAAUUUACGAGAAUGCUGCCAAUGGAUCCACUGUAGCUAAUAUCUUUGCAACUGAUCCUGACAAUGGAGACAACGGCACUGUGGAUUAUUCAUUAACAUCUGAUACUAAUGCUACAGUCCAGUUUACAAUAGCUACCAUAUUUAAUUCUGAUAGAAAACAAUAUGAAGGUGUUGUUAAAUUAAAAGGCAGUUUAUUAGGUCAGGUGGGAAUAUUAUAUGUGACAGUAAAAGCUACAGAUCGAGGAUCACCACAAAAGUGGUCAGAGAAAAAAAUGUUCUUUGAGAUACUUGAUGUGAAUUUACAUCAGCCAGUGUUCAUUGUUCCACAAGGACCGCAAGCUACCAUAAGUAUAGAAGAGCAACAAGAUAUCAAUACUUUGGUAAUAAAAGUAGUUGCUAACGAUGAAGACCAUGGGAGGAAUGGAGAAGUUAGAUACAGUCUGGUACCAGAAGAUGAUUAUCUUAAAUUUACCCUCAAUAAUGAUACAGGAGAGCUAAGGAACAAAGUCGUACUGGACAGGGAAGUCAGGGCACAGUAUAGGGUAAAAAUAAUAGCAUAUGACAAUGGUCUACCAAAUAGACUGGAAACACCAUUAUCACUUACAAUCAGCCUGAUAGAUAUCAAUGAUAAAGACCCAGAAUUUCCACGAGACAUCCAGUAUCAGCCGUACUAUGUUGGCAGUGUGCCAGAAGAGAGCACAGGGGCAUUGAUUGGUAGUGUUGAUGUAGCCGUGGAUAAGGACAGUGAUGCCAACAAUAGCCAGAUAUUUUAUUAUAUUAUUGGAGGAGAAAUGCAGGAUCACUUCCAUCUGAAUGAGACAGGACAACUUUAUUUAAUGAAAUCAAUAGAUAGAGAUGGAGAUAAAAAUCCUUUCAAGAGACAGAUCAAUUUUAUCAACUUGGUAAUAUGGGCCACACCUUAUAACUACCUCAAGCUAUCUCCUGGACCAAUCGGAGAACCUGCAACAUCUGAAGCAGUGGUGCCAUCUAUAUAUAAACCUUUAAAUGUGACACAGAUGUGGGUCAGGGUCACAAUUCAGGACAUCAAUGAUCACCCUCCAAGAUUCCGUGAGGAUACACUCAGUAUUGGAAUAACAAGGAAAACACAGUUUGGAGAACUUAUAUUUAACUUAAAGAGUGAAAUAAUUGACUUGGACAUUGGAGCUAAUAAGAAUCAUACAUUUGUACAAAGUCGUCCAUUGGUUGUCUACCCUGAUAGUCUGAGUCAGUCUAUAGGAUCCACUCCUUUCAAGUUCUUCAGUAACGGGACAUUGAAAACGAAUACAUACUUUCAAGCUGAUAUGAAUGGCUACUUCCUAAUGAGUGUACAAGCUAAAGAUAAAGACAUGCAGCUGGCUAAUGCUUCUCUAAGGAUAUCUUUAAUCAAUGAUGACCAAAGGUUAAAGGUCAUAUUCCGUAUGUUCCCAGAACAAGUCAGAAAUUUUUCCACAGAAUUUAAAAAUCGACUGGAGAAGAUAACUGGUUACAGAAUUGUUGUUGAUAAGAUACAGACACAUGAAAAUAUACAGGGCAAACCAGAGGUGGAUAAAACUGAUAUGUUUAUACAUGGAGAAGUGAUCAAUCCUUUUAGAAUUGUGGAUUCUUCAGAACUUUUAAGUGCUAUAGAUGGCAGUGCAAGUGCUUUAGUCAGUGUUCUAAAUGACUAUAACAUUGUCCAGAUAGUGCCAACCACAACACAAGCUCAAGAAGAUGAUAGUAAGAGACAAUUAACUAUGGCUAUAAUUCUCUUAGCUAUAAUCCUGGGCGUACCAGCCAUUGCCAUGAUGUUUGUUAUCUAUUUUAUGUAUAAAAAAUAUCAACGAAAAUUAAAGGCAGCCACAGCUAUGGCAUAUGAUUCAAGAGAUUCAGAUAUGCAGAAAUUACAAUUACCAGGCACAAAUCUUCACUCAUAUGAAAAUGCUAAUCCUAUUUUUCUGGAGAAAAUUUUAUUGGAGGAAUCCGGAGAACAGGCAGAUUAUGAUGCUAUUGAUGAUAAUGCUGUCGGACCUCCAAACCCUAAUCGUUACGAUGAACAGGAAGCUUCUUUACAAUUUGCUGAGGAAAAUAAUAAACAUAACGAUAUUGGUUCUCCUGAUAUGAACAUCAAAGCUGCCCUACAGGCACACAAUGCCAUGAGAAAUAAUAAUAAUGAGACUAAAAACGGCAAAAUUUCAAAUGGCAACAUGCCAAAUGGUGCUCUCGAUACACGAAUGAUAGAAGGUUUACAGACAACAGAGAUAUAACCAUGAUUUCAAUUUAUAUUGCCAAAUUAUAUGAUUAACUUGCCAUUGACCUUAUAUGGUAGAUUUAGAAUUUUGUCUAUAAAUAGGCUUUCUGUGAUCCUUGUGUUUAUAAAUAGAUAUUUUGGGAUCCUAAAUAGAUAUUUUGGGAUCCUGUGCCCAUAAGCGUUUUCUGAUCAGAUUUUAAUGACAGCAUUUAACUGUGAUGGAAAUACAUGAACAAAGACAGCUAUUCCUACAUACAUAUCAAUCAGUGCUAGAUAAUUAUAGAAGAGUGGUUAUAUUUUACUAGAAGUUUGUAGAAUGAUGUUUUAGACCAAGGAUGAUAUUUUCAUAGAUGCCACUUUCUAUUUAAGACCAAGCAUGAUACAUGUAAAUGAGACUUUAACAAACAUUUUGUGUUAUGUCUCACAUGUAAGGUUAUGAUCUAAAGAAAACUUUGAAACAAAGGAGUAUGUCCU